AUGUCUCAACAGAGAACUCCAUUGAGAUCAAGGUCAUCGUUGGCCAAUUUUUCCUCGGCUGGAAUAUCGACACCCCUGCAACAAACAACAAAACCACGCGCAACGCUUACAGAAUUAAGAAGACCACCAUCUUCACGAACAAUAAGACCAGCCUCUCCUAGAAUGACUACGACUAGAUCGAGACCAAGUUCAGCUAUGGGGAACUUAUCUAGUGGCAGUAGCCGGCCAACUACUCCUUCAUUUGUCAAGCAAGUGCCAUAUACUGGUACUAUUACAGUUUCGAUUAGACCAAACCCUCAUAGUUUCAAUGCAGCAAAUUCUCCCUGGGAAAUCGAACAACAUUCGAAUACAAUAAAUAACAUAUCGGACUCAGUUGCAUAUAGUUUCGACAAUGUAUUUCCACCAGAGUCUGCGUUAACUAACAGAGAAGUCUAUUAUAAAUCAUGCUCUCCAAUAGUCAACAAAUUCCUCAAUGAAGGGUUCAAUGGAACUAUAUUUGCGUACGGUAUGACAGGAUCCGGUAAAACUUUUUCAAUGAAAGGUAAUGAACAGGAUCCAGGAUUUGUUAAAUUGUCAAUCGAUGAUAUUUUCAAUAAGAUUGAAAGUGACCGAGGAAACAAACAAUUCAGUAUCAGUAUAACAUAUUUGGAAAUAUAUAACGAGAAAAUAGUAGAUUUGUUGAAUACUUCGACUUUAGCUGAACUUAAGAUAAGAGAUGACCCGGUGUAUGGUACUAAAAUUGUUGGUAUUACAUCUCCAAUCAUAAAUUCCAAAGAACAACUUUUACUGUUGAUUAGGAAAGGUGAUAAUAAUAGAAAGACAAGCGCUACUGAUUUUAAUGCAAGAUCUUCAAGAUCACACUCCAUCUUACAAAUCAAAUUAAACACUAUUGACUUGGUCAAUAGUACAGAGCAAAAUUCAACUUUAUCAUUAUGUGAUUUAGCGGGAUCAGAAAGGGCCACUUCAAGCUUAGAGAGGAGGAAAGAAGGUUCUUACAUUAAUAAAUCUUUAUUGGCUUUGUCUACAGUUAUUAAUAAAUUGUCACUCUCGUCGUCAGGAUUAAGUUCGCCUAAUAUGGGUAACGACCACAUACCAUACAGAGAUUCAAAAUUAACUAGAUUAUUACAACCAGCCCUAUCUGGAUCCUCGUUAGUACUGAUUUUAUGUACAAUUCACUUAGGAUCAUUUAGUUCAGCCCACAACCAACAGUUUAUAUCGGAGACAUACAAUACCUUAAGAUUUGCAGCAAGAGCAAAAGACAUAGUGAUUAACGUCAAUAAGAACCAACAAUCAUCGAUAGGUGGUGCUGAAACAGCCAAGCUUUUAGAGGAAUUAAAGAAAACUAUUGAAGACCAAAAAAAUGAAAUUUCUAUGUUGAAGUUACACUCAAGUGAUGACACAAACAUGGAUAGUAGUUCUCUUAUACUAGAGAAGAAUAUGAAGAUUGCACAGGUAGUAGCCGAAAACCAAAUAUUAACUGAAAAAUUAGAGCACCUAACAAGAUUAAAUGAUUUACAGAAAACUGAAACAAUAAUAUUACGCAACGAUACUUUGAAUGAUUUACUCGGAGCAGGGAUUGAUAACCUGUUACUGCAAGUAAUGAUGGCUAACUUGGAAGAAUUUUAUAAAAGAGUAAAUUAUGAAAUAGAUGAAUGCAAAUCAUACAUUGGUCAUUUAGAGAACCAAUUGAAGAUAUCAUACCAACAGAAUGCAUUUAAGAACGACUCUAACAGUGCUGCGAAAGAGCCAAUAGAUAAACAUAUGGAUGCAGUAUUAAAAGAUCAAGAAGAAGAAAUUAUCCACUUGAAAGAACUAUUAAAGGAUAAAGACCAUGUUAUCAAGAGUCUUACUAAAACAACUAAACUUCGCAAGUUGAUAGAUUCAAACUAUAACGAUGAAAAUAAGCAAUCUAAUAUAAUAAGUGACUCCAGUGACAAGGAAAAUUUUUCGGAUUUAAAAGAAUUCAAUAUAAAUCAGAAGAAGCCACAUGUUAGCCUAGAUAUUUAUUAA